GUCGCAAGUCACAUGUUGUCCAAGAUGGCGGCUGAAAGAGAAGGRGAACUCCGUCCGUUCAUCCCACAAGAACAUGGACUUAAUGAAGACUUUCGUUUGAUAAAUUUUACCAAACUUAAAGGAUGAGGKUGUAAAGUCCCUCAAGAGGAACUGCUCAAACUCUUAGAGGGACUAGGCGUCCAACACGGCGAAGGAAAGAUAGGAAUUGGACUCGAUAGUUGCGUUCUGCCGACACGACACCCAGGCAUUAGCUUAGUGCAAACCACAGAUUUCUUCUACCCUUUGGUSGAUGACCCUUACAUGCAAGGGAAGAUAGCUUGUGCGAAUGUACUGAGUGAUUUGUACGCUAUGGGGGUUUCUGUUUGCGACAACAUGCUAAUGCUGCUUGGUGUCAGYAAUCAAAUGACGUUGAAAGAGAGAGAAGUUGUGACUCCAUUGGUUAUUAAAGGAUUCAAUGACCUGGCUAAUGAAGCUGGUACGACAGUCAAUGGUGGUCAGACAGUACUHAACCCAUGGUAUAUCAUAGGCGGUGUUGCUACUGGAAUCGUUGCCCAGGAUGAGAUUAUUAUGCCUGGCCAAUCAGUUGCAGGUGAUGUUUUAGUCCUUACCAAACCUCUUGGUACACAGAUUGCAGUCAAUGUUCAUCAGUGGAUGGAUGAUCCCUCAUGCAAAUGGUGGCAAAAUGUCAAAGAUAUCAUCACAAAAGAAGAAGUAGAGACUGCAUACAACCAGUCWAUGCAAUCCAUGGCCAGACUAAACAAAAAYGCUGCUUUUCUGAUGCAUAAAUACGGCGCUCACGGCGCAACUGAUGUUACUGGAUUUGGUAUCUURGGUCAUGCGGAUAACCUGGCCAAGAUUCAGGAUAAAGAAGUCUCAUUUGUUAUUCACACUUUGCCGAUUUUUGCAAAUAUGGUUGCUGUUUACAAAGCCUGUGGAAUCAAUUUUAAACUUUUGGAUGGAUAUUCUGCAGAAACAUCAGGAGGUUUGUUGGUUAGUCUACCACGUGAGAAGGCAAAAGAGUAUUGUCAAGAGUUAGAAAAGCUUGAUGGCCAUCCAUCUUGGAUUAUUGGUGACGUUCUUGUUGGUCCAAAAGAAGCAAGAUUAUCAGACAAUAUCAAAACCAUUGAUGUAUAACAACCUSACCAAAUCAGACCUAUAAUUCAACAAUCAAUCAAUUAUCUAAACCAUUUGGGAUCCCUGUGGUGACAAAAUCUGAAAUCACCCACCCUCUGAGGGGAUAAAAGUUUGAGCAGUUUUAUUUCCGUCUAGGGUGUKGUAAGAAGUCUUGUGAUGCUAGUAUGAAACUGCAAUGGAAAAGUAACAUAGGCUACGCUAUUGUGGUGGAGAAGAGCAUCUCUUCAAGUUCUUCUUGUAAAUGUUCAUUGUAAUUUAUAAUUAUUAUAAUAAAAUAUUAUAUAAACUUUA